CGUUUCACCCAGCUUUUCGCACGCCUUCUUUCGGACCUCCUCUCCCAUCGCCCUGUCUUCCUCUGUCUUUUUCCUGUUAUUCAGCAACAAUAUAUCUUGUUCAUCCGCUGCUUCCCACUUCUCGUUGAUCUCCUCGAGGGCUUGGUCCAGCUCUGUUUGCUCUACUUCCACUCCACUAUCUCUCCGUUCCUUCUGCAUUCUUGCGCGAUACUUGUCCAGUAAAAGCUUAAGAUGCUCCCUCACCGAUUUCUUUGUGACAAGAAACCUCAAUGUAGCGUGCGAAUUCAGGUUGUCCGCUAUUGUCUGCCACACUUUUCCUCUUUCAACUGUCCUCGCCUUUAGACGAAAAGGUUCCAAUAACAAAACCUCCCGAGCAAGAGCAAGGUCGUGGUUGUUUGUCCAUUCCAUUACCACACUAAAGGAAGAAAAGUAGAAUUUCAAUCAAGCCUUUGGCGCCAUUUUUAGGUGGUAUUCAAAACACGAGUUGAAAAAGAUGAUGAGUAUAAAAUCCACAAAAUGUGUGUGUUUUGUUUUUACAAAUAAUGCAAAAUCAUUUUCUAGAGCGGUCCUAGCCUGCCGCUGAUUAGUCUCACAGGAUAAAAAUCAAGUUGAAAAUAAGAAAUAAAGCAAUACUCUGGUACUUGGAAAUUUACCUGCUUUUCGGAUUCCUUUCUGAAGACUCGAUGCUCAACUUUCCCUCUAUAAACACGCUAAAACCUGAAUUAUGAAAACAAAAUUGAACCAAACAAUUUAGGAAUCUAUUCCUUAUAUAAAGGUUUACAAAUGUUGGGCAAAUCAUGUUUUUCUAAAGCGAAAAAGUUGCAAAACUAACUCACCUUUCUGAGAGGCCGCCAAAAUGAACUUAGUCGCCGCCGCAACUGACGUGGAGGCCGUCGAGUGGCGUGACAUUUAUGCAAAUUAAAUUCAAGACCUUGCGAAUUUACUUCCGGUUGCCGUCCUCCUAGGCCGCGUCCAGGGUAUCUUAAGGUCCCUAUUAUCACGUUAGUUUUUCCAUGUUUGUUUCUCCGAAUCAUUAUAAAAAAACAGUACCUUUGAGAGAAAAAUUAUCUGAGUGAAUUAUAAUAACUGUAAAACAUUGGUAGCUUAUAAAAUUCCUAUAUUUUUUAAUUUCCUUGAGUCCUGUGAAUUGCGGUAUAUGGUUGUCCAUCAUUGCUAUCAAGUUGUUACUUUUACAUACUUUUCAUACUGUAUUGUUCAUGCAACUGUUAAGAUCAGAUCCACUUUAAUACCUUCCUGAUUCAUUUUCUUGUUAUUUUUAGCCAUCCCAACUACAACACCCACAACAGAAACAACAUCUGGGACACCAGGAGGACCUGAUGUAGGUGCACGUGGUUCAUCAGGGCUUUCAGAUGCUGAAAUGUGGGGAAUCAUAGGAGCAUGCAUUGCAGUUGUUCUUAUUGUUGUCUUCCUCCUCAUAUGGUGCUGCCUUAAAAAGAGAAAGGGGAGCGCAAGAAAGGGUACGUAUCCUAGGUUUGUAGAGAGAAGGUUACAAAAAAAACACUGAUUCCCGAAGAAAAUGGGAAGAAAAUUGAUACAUCUACAAGUAAUGUUUUUCAAUCUCUCAAAACGCAAAUUGCACUACGGGAUUUUUUUCCUGGGGGGAGGGGAGGAGGUGGCGCCUUUUUAAAAUUGUGAUGCACGCUGGGUAAAAAAUGUGUCUCCCAAUAAAGUCUCCUAAUACAGUUCGACACCUCAGUUCAAUGUUGUUGACGUCGACUCAGCUUCUAAGGUUACUAAUUUGAAUGGCCAAGUAAAAAGUGUAUUUCCUAAACUAUUAUUUUUCUUUUAACAGACAGGCCAAUGUACUCGGAAGCAGAUGGAUAUCGCAUGUAAGUGAUUGUGUAUCUGAAUCACCCAGUAGAACCCUGUAAUAAACUUUCCAUAUUGAUUAACUAUGUGAAGGUACAUGUAAUUUUUCUUCACUGGUUCCGACGGAACUCAUUUUGGAGUGAUGAAAUGAUGUCUCAUCCUGAAAAGGAUUUAAAUGAUUAGAAAAUCUCCCCUUUUAGCAAGCCUAUUAUACAAUUCCCUUUCAAAGUGUUUUUUUAAAUGAGGAUUCAACAGGCGAGCACGAUUGGUCGGUGGUUUAUUUCUUCGGAUUCAUCGUCGCCUUUUAUGGAAAGAUCUCGACUUCGAUAUCUAUUCAUAAUAGACUCAGAAGAAUCCACUAAAGAGGCUUUGUCACAAGAAUUUUGCUGUUUUUGGUCGAGUUUUUCAAGUUGUAAUCCAAGUCCAUUGUCCAUCGUUGCCAUCCAUAGCAACAGACGACAGGAAUACUUUUAAUGCCUAUAUUUAUACAGUCCAAGAUUUUUAUUUUUUUUUUAGAAUUCAAUUGAUGCCAAGGCACAUUUAAGUUUUAAAGUGAUAGCAAAUAGUAUGAGUUUGCCCCUUUUUCAAUGUGUAGACUCCUUGCAGUCUGCCUUUUCUCUUAACGUCCUUCCAGUUCUUCUCACAGCCAGCACGAUUGCAAAUAACGGUGACGUUUCAAUAAGGAAUUAGGAGGAGACAUCCCCAUUAAAAGACGUUUAUAUUUAUGUUCUAUUUAUAAAUCAGCUCAAAUUAAUUGAUUAAUGAAAUUAUCUUGACAGCUUCGUUCUCUCCAGACAAAACAAAAGAGCCAUCAGUCUCUUAUUUUUUCUUCUCGGGCUUACGCCUUCGUUUAUCGCUUCUCACGGCCUCGCCGCUCGCGUGCACUGUAUGGGCUACGCAUGGAGUAACUUUGGGAAGAAAAAUAGGAGACUGCUCGCAGUCUUCUUUAUUUAUAGUUAUCAUCACAGUAGCAGGCUAUCAUCACUGCGCAUCAUAUCUUAUAUCAAAAUUAUAUAAUUAUCAUAUUUUAUAUACAUGUAGGAACAAACAGCCUCCUGCGUCAGGCCUUGGUACGGCUAGUCCUGCCUAUGUUGAAGCCAGAAUGUAUGCUCCAGCUAAUGCCCCUAGGAGACAGGUAUUUAUCUGUUAAUGGUAACUUGUCAAGAGUGUUCUAAUCUACUAUUCUCUCGGCAUACUGAGUCUGAAAAUUCUGUUACUUCGUGUAGUUGAAUAACUUGGCUGUCCCUAAUGUUUUUUUAGGGUUUUUAAUAUACUUUUUAUGAAAACGAUCAAUUAAUAAUGGCUAAUUUAUUAAGGAGAACUUAGGAGAAUUGUGCUAAUACCAAAUAAUAAUUCUAACAUAUUUUCCCUGGUUAAUUUGUGCUAAAUAAUAUUAGAACAUGCAAAAUGGUUAUAAUGGCCUAUAUGGCAGAUUUCUUUAUUCUUCUAAAAACUGCGUACGUGUGGCGUAUGUACCCUUUUUCACAAAUACUUGUUUAUUGCUUUUCUGUUUUCUUCGUCUUCUUCUUGAAAAGCUUUUUCUCGGUUCUGUAUUUUUUUUAGAGCAUCCAGUCAUCAAAUUGUACACAAAAUGAAUACACUAAAUAAUUUCCUUUUUCAACCUUCAUAUUUGAAUUCAAAUUUCGCUUUGUCCCUGGGUUAUCUUAACCCGGCAUUGAAAAACCAGGCCCGGCUGUUCUUGAGGUAUGGUUCCGUCAAUUACACUGCAAAAGGCAGACUACCUGGUGACCACCUUGCCGUUAUGAUGAUGAUGAUGAUGAUGAUGACGAUGACGAUGACGGUGAUGAUGAUGAUGUCCAUUCCUUGUAGACUCAGGCGGGAUGUUCGGCCUGGUUUAUAGUCCUUGGGAGUGGGUGACAACAAGUUACCACGGGCCCCAGGUCUCUCUUUUCCUUCUUCUUACAGGGACAGUACUUUCCUUAGUAUCUUUGCUGUCCCCAGAAAUGCUGUUUUCUGGAUAACUUCCAACGUCACGUUCACGCCGAUUCGCUUCAUGUACUCCUUAAAGUUGACUUAUACGGCUCCAAGGGCCCCAAUAACAACAGGCGCUACAAUGACUUUUCGCAUGCGCCAGACUUCUGCAAUUUCAUCUUUCAAAAGUUAGUAUUUCUCUAACUUCUCAAGUUCCUUAUCUUUCACCCUGUCAUCACCUUCGAUGGCAACAUCAAUUAUGACAACCUCUCUCUCCUGCCUCAAGUUUCCGAUCACACUGGACUAUGAAAUCCGACAGUAUCUUCAAGUUUUCACUUUCCACCACUCCCUCCGGCUUCUGUUCAUACCAGCUAUUAGCUCUUUCCAAUCCACCUUUCCCCUAAAGUUGCCUGUGGAUAUACCGCGCCACGUUAUUAUACCUUCCUUUAUAUUCUUGUCUGCUCCAGCCUACCGUACUCAAUCACCACAUGGGCCACCGUUUCUCCCUUCCGCAUAUUCUGCACAAAGCUGUUUACAAUUACAAUGUCCUCCUGUCUAGCUUCUACUCUUUCCUUUUUCAACUCUUUAAACCAUUCUGCAUUUUCAUUGUGUAAAACUUCCUUGCCCCAUAUGUCUCUCCAAAACUGUUGGCUUUCUUCAGCAUCAGGUCUAACUUCGCUGAAGCUACUAGAUGUUUCAUUCAUUUGUUGAUAUACCCUGUUUGGUCUUGCUGGAACAAUCUGUUUACUUGAUAUCAAUGAAUCCUCUGUUCAUACCUUUUCAACUUUACAGAGUUAGCCUGCAGUCUUUGCUUGAGUUCUUCAAUUCUAACCUUUUCUCCUUUCUGUUUGAUGUUAUACUUCCUCUCCAACUUGGUGUACUUUUCCUUCCUUUCAAGUUUCCUUUGUUUAGAUCUUUCCAGGAUGUUGACGUGCCUCCGUAACUCUGCAAUAGUCUUUGAUUCUCCUUUUCCACCGAGGUUCUUUGCUUCCUUUUCCCUCGCAACCACCCAUUUUGAGCCCAACUUGUCUUGCUAUGUAAAUCGCAGUAGCAUUAAUCAAUUUAUUGGUGUCAGUGAUAUUCAUGGUAGUUUGUAUCUCUGACACUAAUCUAUUCACCUUCUUCGUCCAUUCUGCCAGCACUUUCCUGUCAACUCUCUUAAAACCAACACCAUUCCACACCUGUCCGCUUCUCAUAAUUUCCAAUAUGUCGUUUAUCAUUUGCCUCUCCUCAUCAUUUCCCGUUCCAUUGUCUGUAAUCUGCACAUUGACAUCUCCAUUUAGUUCAUCGACCUGUUCAGGUUCUGUGUCUAUACACGCGGCAUCCUGUUACUCUAAUUCUUUAUCUUCUUAAGUCAUUCUUCUCCUGAUUUCAUCCAACUCGAAGGAAGUAAACUACGCAUUCUUUCUGAUCGCCCUAGCCUGAUCACAUAGUCUCUGCUCCGUUUUCUUUGGUAAACCUCUUUCCUUCCAGAUAGCAUGCAUUCUCUGUCUAUAUCCUAUGACUGGUCUGCCACUUUCAUCAACUGGUUUACUCAGAUAGUAGCACUCCAUUACAGUAAUGUUCAUAUCUCUACUCCAUUUCAUUCUGGCAGUAGCUGGAUGACGACCGGGCCCAUCCUGCCCUACAGUGGGACUUGCCGGGCGAGGCAGCUUCACCAGUUUCCCCGGUUCCGUUCCCAUUCAUUCAUCUUCCGCACCUGUGUUUUUAUCGAGACACUUUCUCUAGAAGGGCUGUCGACCAAGACUGAAGGGUCACCCCUACCCUGUGUUGUUACCCCAACGAAGGUGGCUAGGGGUUACGGGCACUUGCCAAAGGUGCCACCCCAGACUCUGGUGGGCGAGAGCGUCCAAUUUCCCGUGGUAGGCUGAGGCACCAACCUGUCCUACCCCAGUGUCCAUUAUUAUUAUCUCGCAGUAUAAAACUUUGGAGUGCUGUCCACAUUAUGAGUAGUAUAGGGCGCAUAACGUAACCUACACCACUUGAGAAGCUAUACUUAGAAGUAAAAAAAGGUCGGUACGAAACCUAAUACGAUCAUAAUAUACAUAAUAAUAUGAAUCUCCCUACUUAAAAUGCCAAUUUAGAAUAUUAUUAAAUUCUUAUACUCUGUAAAACCUACGCAAAGACAUGAUGAUAUAAUUCUCUCUACUAGAAGCCUAUUAAACUAUUUAGAAAAUUAUUCAGUUUUGAUACUCUCAUUCUCUCUUAUAUACCUAAACGAGGCCAUCAUAAUGUGGUUAUCUCUACUAAAAGCCUCUUUAGAAUAAUAUCAAACUCUAAUGCUCUAAAAAAUCUAAGUAAAAACAUCAGCAAACUUGUGUUUCUGGAUUUCUAGAGAAAAAAAAUUCUAAAAACUGUAGUCCUUAGCGCCCUAACUAAGUAUUCAUCUUAAAUGUUCUGGCAAUGUUCAAAGUGUUUGAGAUGACCGACUUCUGCUCCCGCUCAAGUGCGCUCCGUGCUCUCGCUCCUAGUAGCUUCCUCACCGACCUCUCUAGGUACGUUGUACUGUUCAACCCUGUAACCAAUGUACCUCUGCUUCAGCUCCCACAUCAUGGACCCAUACUUGAGUGUCUUUUCCUCAUCUUUCUUAGCGCUACUCUCCAUGGGCAGCUCAUUUCAAUUGUGCAAACUUCUUUCCGCUCGUGGCUGACAAGUCGCGCGUCGAUCCGAUUUGCUCUAGCUUCGUUGUGCUCUGCAUAGAUGGGAAUAUCCCAAAACGCCUCGCUCGUGGUGUUCUGGUAGGCUGGUUUUGGCAUCACCGGUGAGUACCAUGGUCGAACCUCUUCUAUUAACCCAUGCUCUCGCCGGAGCUCAAAAACCAGAAUCUUCAAAGCUGCAUUAUGCCUUUAUAGGUACUUGGUUUGUGCCAGGGAGGAACAUCCAGCCAAUACAUGUGCAACGCUCUGAGCUACCCUCCCACAUAACCUGCAUAGGACUUCGCCGUCGGUGGAGGUUUGGGUCUUGUCCUUUGUGUAGAGCUUCGUAGGUAACAACUGCUCAUACAGUUUAUACAUGCCCGCGAUGGUACAUGUAGGACAUGUAGCUCAACCUUUUAACCAUGCAAAGCAGCUGGUUAUGCUUAGGCUCUCAUCUUGCCAUCUGAUACGGAAUAACUUUCCUUGCCACCUUUUGUCUUUAGCGAUCUCCAAGAACUGCUUCUCUUGAGAUUGCUUCAACAGAUUCCCAGCUCUUGCUGCAGUCACCACCUUUCCUUCUGUUGUAAUACACACGGGAUUUAGGGUAUCAAGCUGAAGUGUGAUGUUGAGUUCUUCAGCGUACUUAGCUGCUUCCUUUAUAAGCGACUGGUGGCCUGAUGCCAUGGCGUGUUCUUCAAAUUCUCUAACUGCUUCAACAGUCUGGUCCGAAUUCUGAUACAAUUUCAGUAGCGAUUUGAUUUUAGUGGUCUUGUACUCGUGUUCUACUGAUCGCAUGCCUCUACCCCCUUUCUCCCUCGAUAGAUAUAACAAAGAAGUUAGGCUAGCUGGGUGCUUGCCACCAUUCUCAACUAUGAUCUUCCGAGCUGCUCUGUCCACAUCUCUUAACUCUGAUAGAGGCCAAUCAGUUAUUAUUAUUAUUAUUAUUAUUAUUAUUAUUAUUAUUAUUAUUAUUAUUAUUAUUAUUAUUAUUAUUAUUAUUAUUAUUAUUAUUAUUAUUAUUAUUAUUAUUAUUAUUAUUAUCAUUAUUAUUAUUAUUAUUCCAUCGCGAAGAUGAAUGACGGAAAUUUUAGCAAUUUAACGGCCAUCUCGUACCGUAAAGGAGAUACGUAACCUCUGUUAAUCCUCUGUAUGCUCUUAUUUUCCCACAGGAUGACCAUCCACCACCAAUCAACUAUGCGGAAUUAUCUCAUGAUAAGCCAUCCAAUAAAACUCCGCCGCCGAGGUACAGCACAGAGUAUAGUGAGGUGUCAACAGAAAAACGACAGGGUGAAGGUGGCGGCUUCGAGUUGUGGUGUUAG